AUGGUAUGUAUUAAUAAAAAUCUACAAAAAUCCCUUGUUUUUCAGUCAAGUGUAUUUCAACAUAUUCUCCGUUUACUCAAUACAAACGUAGAUGGACGACAAAAAGUUAUAUUUGCAUUAACACAAAUUAAGGGUGUUGGUCGCCGUUAUGCCAGUUUAGUUUGCAAAAAAGCUGAUAUUGACACAAAUAAAAGAGCAGGUGAAUUGACAACAGAUGAAUUGGAACGAAUCGUUACGAUUAUUCAAAAUCCUUUGGCUUACAAGAUUCCAACAUGGUUUCUUAAUUCUCAGCGUGCAAUUGUAGAUGGAAAAAAUUCCCAAGUACUUGCAAACCAACUUGAUAACAAGCUUCGUGAGGAUCUUGAGCGUCUUAAGAAGAUUAGAGCACAUCGAGGGCUGCGUCACUUUUGGGGAUUAAGAGUUAGGGGACAACAUACAAAAACAACCGGACGGAAAGGAAAGACAGUGGGUGUUAGCAGAAAAUAA